AAAGAAAAAAAAAAACAAAAAAAAAAAAAGAAUAAACGACCAUGCACCACAAUCAUCAACAUCGACAUCACCAUGGCAUACACUUGGAUCAACGCUCCCCACCUCCCGACCCUGAGAUCAGGCGACCCCCAUUUCACUUACUAGUACCGGAGAAUCCCACAUUCGUCAAACGGGACCCCAGUCCAACCGAUGACUCGACUGCCGUCACACAAUCUUGUGCCGCUGGGGACACUUCCAAUCGGUGCGAGAAGCCAGCCAGUGGUUCGAGUACCACAACGCUACCAGUAGUCCUCGGGGCUGUUAUCCCAAUUGUCUUUGCCGUCGUAGUUCUGCUCUUCUUGCAUCGACGGAACUUGAAAAAGCUUCGAAAUGAAGAUGCAGACGAUAAGCACAAAUCUCUCGAUUUUGGCAUGGAUAUGCCCACGGGCGCGGGUAAAUCGAUGCAGGAAGCUGGAUCGGGUUACCCCAACAAUCAUAUGAAAGGAGUCUCUCUUGACAUAGGACACAGCCCUUAUAUGCUUCCCCCUAGUAUGCAUGGGUCGAGAGAUUCACUGAACUCUCUCUCAAGGACGAUCAUGGCUGAUGACGACAAAUAUCGACACGUAAAUCAUUAUCUGGGCGCCGACAACCAAUCCAUUCGAUCACACCAACGAGGAUUUCCUGAUGACGCCAUUAGUAUUGCAGGAUCGACCAGAAGAGGUGGAUUGGGCGACGAUAUGAACCAGGGACUCCUGGGAAGUGCUCAAAGGAUGUCACGCUCGUCCCCACCGCUGUAUAAGCCUCCAAGUGAGCACGGUGGACAUAGCCCAACAAACCUUGCCCAAGUUCAUGACACUGGCUUUGAAUUGAAUCUUCCAAGAAGCCCUAGCCCGGUUUUUGUCCCGGGUGUGACUGUAACUCAUGAGCCGCCAUCACCAAUCAAGAGUCCCAGUGAAGCAAAUAAUGCUCUGAGAGGCCUGGCCGCUUCAAGCCCUCCUCCAGAACACCGCCCUGGAUUUCCAUUGCGUGAUCCCAUGUCAACGCAUGUUGAAUCGACCCCCGCCCCCAUGCAUGAUGCCGUUAUGCCUCCCCCCAGAAUCUCUUUCCCGUCAAGCGAUGCUGCCAGCGACUAUGGGGAUAACACGACGUCUAAAACUGCCGUUCCCGCUGUCAGCGUCCAACAUGCAGAGAGCGCUAUUCCUAACCAUGAGAAACCUCAGGAGCAGCCCAUGCCGAAGCUUCCCGAAGAACCGCCCCAAGCCCAGAAUCUGAGACUUGAUCCUCGGCGUGAUACUCGUCGCUUGACUAUGACGAUGGGGCUUCGCCCAUUGCCCCCAGAGGACCCAGCUGACAACCCUGAGCAGCGUGCCAACCGUAUUAGGUCGUUCUACAAGGAAUACUUCGAUGAGAGUAAGGCAGGGGCUAGAGAGACGUACUAUGAAGAUUACCCUGUCGACUACUACGCGGACGAGGAGCAUGCUUUUGACCCAGUCACCGGGGGGUACUUCGACGCUGUACCCGCACCAUAUGCUGAGCCUGUCAAUCGGCGUGCUAUGACCCCCCCUCCACGCGCACCUCCUCGAUUCCAAGGAGCCGCUCGCCAUGUGGCCACAGGCUCAGUCGGUGGAUAUAGUGGGCGAUUCCAGCCACCUGGUCCACGCGCCUUCUCUUCCGCCUCGGGGCGCAUCCCAGGUCCUCGGGCGCCACGCCAACCAUUGCCCGUGCCCUCUCCUCUUAGCAUCCUCCCUACUCCUCACAUGUUGAAGGACGAUUCCCUUAUGAUGGCUAUUGAUUACGCCCCCGGCAAAACCUUCAAGGAUCAAAGGGAAGGCCGCCCAGAAACUCCGCUCGGUGGAGUACGGCCGUUUAGCCCAGGACUCCGAGCUCACACCCCUCUCGCCUCCGCUUUUGAUGAGCUAGUUACCAGACACGCAUUGCGAAAGUCGGGCACUUUUGACAAUUUGGAUUUUGCUCCUCCACCUCGUUUCAAGAUGGCCGAUACUGCAAGUGAUGCUGGCAGUAUUCGCAGUAACCGAACCGGCAUUUCCGCAGCUCACUUGUAUAAUAUUCGCACUGGUGCGUAUCGUGUCAGCCGCCUGCCCGCGGGGACCGUGGGUACUAAGGAUGACUUGAUGUCUAACCUUAAACCCUCGUGGGAUAUGCGGCAGUAAAUAUUGCAACAUUUUGUUUGGUUCUCGCGAAACCCCCCCCGCUGUAACGAUUUCCCACUGUAUUCUGGUGUCUUACAUACCAUGUUACGAUCUGUCCCGUUCAAUUUGGAUUUCCUGUUGCUCCUUUUUUUUUUUUUUUUUUUUUUU